AUGGACAAGAUUUUCAGGACACAAUUCCAAGGGACAGUUAACCGAUGGACAGGAUUUUCAGGGCCAGCCAUUGUCAGAAAGCAAGAAAACUCAGGGUCACACACUCCUGAAGGAAAAAAUUCUCAGGGCCACACAUUCCCUGAGAGACAAAAUUCCAAGGGACAGUUAAGCCAUGGACAGGAUUUUCAGGGCCAGCCAUUGUCAGAGUCCAAAAAUAAUCAGGGCCACACGCUCCCUGAAGGCCAAAAUACCAAGGACAAGUCACUCCAUGGACAAAAUUCUCAGGGCCACACAAUCCCUGAGAGACAGAAUUCCAAGGGACAGUUAAGCCAUGGACAGGAUUUUCAGGGCCAGCCAUUGUCAGAAAGCAAGAAAAAUCAGGGGUACACAUUCCCUGAUAAACAGAGUCCACAAGGCCACACAUUCCCUGACACAAGUAAUUCUAAGGGCCACUCUCUCCAUGGACAGGAUUAUAAAGUCCACUCUCUUCAUGGACAGGAUUCUAAGGGCUACUCUCUCCAUGGACAGGAUUCUAAGGGCCACUCGCUCCAUGGACAGGAUUCUAAGGGUCACUCUCUCCAUGGACAGGAUUCUAAGGGCCACUCUCUCCAUGGACAGGAUUAUAAAGGCCACUCUCUCCAUGGACAGGAUUAUAAAGGCCACUCUCUCCAUGGACAGGAUUCUAAGAGCCAGUCAGUUCUAGAGAAUCAUAAUUUUCAAGGCCAGUCAGUUCCAGAGAGUAAGAAUUUUCAAACCCAGUUAGUUCCAGGGAGCAAGAAUUUCCAAGGCCAGUCAGUUCCAAAGAGCCAGAAAUUCCAAGGCCAGUCAGUUUCAGAGAGCAAGAACUUUCAAAGCCAGUCAGUUCCAGAAAAGCAGAAUUUCCAGAGCCAAUCAAUUUCAGAGACCCAAAAAUUCCAAAGCCAGUCAGUUCCAGAGGGCCACAAUGACCAAGGCCAAUCAAUUCCAGAGAGCCAGAAUUUCCAGAGCCAGUCAGUUUCAGAGAGCAAGAAUUUUAAGGGCAAAAAAUUCCCUGACAAACGAUAUUUUCAGGACUACUUGCUCCCUGACGCACAAAAUUUUGCAGAACACACCCUCGCUGACAGGCAGAAUGGCGAGGGCAGUGCAGUGACAGAGCAGGAGGUUCAAGACAGCGGGAGCAAAGUACCUCAGGAUUCUACAAACUCUGAUGAAUAUGACAUUGGUGAUCUGAGCGUCAUUAAGCUGGGAUAG